AUGGGUAAUCUUGAUGCCACAUCAUUUGACAGCAUCUUGGCCAAUGUGAAGAGACGCAGGGAAGAAUACAAUGGUGGUGAGAAAACGGACGAUACUGCAGUGGUUUCAAAGUCUUCUCAUCGCACUGAUGAGCGAUCGUCUGCAGCUAAUACAAUCGUCAAUGCCUUUCAUCAACAACACAAUCCGGAGCCCAUAGUGCAAGAGGGGAGCAGAAAAAGAACAUUUAAUGAGAGGGAAAGGACUAUCCUUGUUAGUACUACACAAACAGGGAAUCCGUUGCUGAAAUUGUUGGUAAAUACUAAUUGGAGAUACGUUAAAUCUUCAGCAACAGACAAAAUACAUUAUGAUUAUCAAGUCCAUGGUAGAAAUGUUGUAUUUUUGUCCUUAAAGUAUCAUAAAUUACGCCCUGAAUAUAUUGGAAAGAAGCUCCAACCGUUUGGUAAGUCCCAAGGCAACAUUUUACUUUGUGUUGUUGAUGUUGAAGAUUCAGAGGAUAUUCUGAAGGAGCUAAAUAAAAUGACUAUGUUCAGUGGGUUCACAUUACUGCUUGCAUUCAGCUUUGAACAAGCUGGUAAAUACUUAAUAUUCAUGAACAAAUAA